AAGAUUUCAUUAAACUGAAUGAUCUUUAUAAAGGGAUGAGAUGUUGUUCAGUUUAGUUUCUAUAUUGAACUAAGUUGAAUAACACUAGAGUUACCACAGUCGAUGUAGCCACACUAAGUGAGGCCAACAUGAACUAUACUAUAUUUAAGACACCUUUCAAUAGAAGGCAAGAUCAACAGUUGAAGUCAGCUAUAUUACAGUCUAACAGUAUACAGAUUGAGCAAAACACGGUAGAGAUAAAAUUCAGACAGUGAACAAAUUGCAGAGGAGACUUUGAAUGAUUUAAUUGUCAAGAUGGAAAAAGAGAUUUCAAAGGGAACUUCUGACAGAUUUAACUGCCCAGUAUGUGAUAGAUCCUAUAAAAAUAAGAAAUCAUUGAAACGCCACAUCAAGAUGCAUGAAAAUUCUAAGAUCCCUUGUAGAAAAUGUACUCUCUUCUUUGAUACAGAGGUAGAAUAUGAAGAACAUAAAGCCAAAAGGCAUGUCAAACCUUAUAUGUGCUGUAAAUGUGGCAAAGGAUUUGAUAGUAAAGGGAACCUUAAAUAUCAUAUGCAACUUUUACACGGAGAAAGACAAUUUAAGUGCUCAUAUGCUGGAUGUGAUAAAACUUUCAUCAGAAAGGAGUUUUAUGAAGACCACUUAAAUACACACUCUGGUUUAAAACCUCAUAGUUGUAAAGGGUGUGACAGAAAGUAUUGUAAUAGAUACAAGCGUAAUGAGCAUCAAGAAGUGUGUACUGGAACUAGAACGUAUCAAUGUGAUGACUGUGGUGCCUUAUUCAACAGCAGAGCGUCAUUGGCAAGGCAUGUCAGUGCGCAACACGGCAAUAAUGUGUUUCCAUGUGUUUAUUGUGGACUGACAUAUAAAUACCAGACUGGUUUGAUAAAACAUCAGAAAACCUCACAUGAAUUCGUAUGAACACUUUGCAUAACUUUUUAAAUGAACUGUGCAUGCCAGGAGAGUAAUUUAAAGACAGAAAAUUUUUGUACCAAAAUUAAGUGUUUUGAAUACUUUCCUUAUGUUAAAGGGACUCAACUGAG